AUGCUGGUCCAAGGUUACUACUUCGAUACUGUAUCCCAACGGUGCAAACAGUGUUCGCUUUGCCCUGAUACUGGCGGUGAUAGGGUUUAUGAAUGCACACAGCAUGAAGGAAGCGGGAACUACCAGUGUAGAGAAGACUCAUUCAUUAGAGCCAGGAAGAUAAACCCAUCAAUAAUCACCAAAGACAAUAGCGAUGGGAUGACAGAUAAUUUGUCCUUAUUGGACAAGAUAUCGACAGAUACUGUGACAGCUCAUUUCUUGAAUCCUGAAGCACAUCAUCCUUCAUCUACAGCGGCUGCUGGGGCUGGGAAGGUCGAUGAACUCAUGUCGACAAUUGCAAUUCUGCAAUCAACAGGGUCGAUUUCCACCAAAAAGCUGAAUUCGUUUCUGCCCGUGUUAUCAUCGUCUACACCGACACCUACGACGUCAUUGGCUGCGACUGCGAUUGGUCACCAGUCGUCAUCGAAGUUUUCGGCGACCGAUAUCCUCAUUGUCAUCGGAAUCAUAGCAGCCAGUUGUGUCGUGUCUUUUGUGACGACAUACGUCACGUGUUAUUUCCUCAUGAAAAGAGGGAUAGUCAAAGGUGGCGAUGCGACGGUCGGCUUUGCCCGAGGACGUGAACCGGUCAAGGGUUGGCUCGCCGUGCCUCGGGGAGACGUCUUGAGAAACAUCGACGCGUUGCCUAGGAGAACAAGUAUUGAUAUGAUUUAACCCUGUCAGUUUGUUGAUUAUGAUGCAAUAUGGCUAGGUUCAUGGGUCCAUUCUUGAAAGAAGGGCGCAUGCCUGAAUAUUGUCAUAAUAAGCUCCUUUUCCAGGGCCCUUCAUUA